CCUUCGCGUCGCUCGGUCUCUUCGGUUGCUAUCUCCCGCUAAGUGGGAGGAGAGGAGGAGAACAAGGCGAGCAUGUCGCAGCAACUCCAGGUCUUGAACGCGCUCGACGUCGCGAAGACGCAAUGGUACCACUUCACGGCGAUCGUCAUCGCGGGCAUGGGCUUCUUCACAGACGCCUACGACCUCUUCUGCAUCUCACUCGUCACCAAGCUCCUCGGCCGCAUCUACUACCACGUCGACGGGUCCCCCACCCCCGGGUCACUCCCGCCCCAGGCCUCCGCCGCCGUUAAUGGCGUCGCCUUCGUUGGGACCCUCUCCGGCCAGCUCUUCUUUGGUUGGCUCGGUGAUAAGAUGGGCCGCAAGCGCGUCUACGGCAUGACCCUCAUGAUCAUGGUCAUCUGCUCCAUCGCCUCCGGUCUCUCUUUCGGCCACGACUCCAAGGGCGUCAUGGCCACACUCUGCUUCUUCCGCUUCUGGCUCGGCUUCGGUAUCGGCGGCGACUACCCUCUCUCCGCCACGAUCAUGUCGGAGUACGCUAAUAAAAAGACCCGCGGGGCGUUCAUCGCCGCCGUCUUCGCCAUGCAGGGCGUCGGCAUCCUCGCCGGCGGCAUGGUGGCCAUCGUGAUUUCCUCCGCGUUCAAGAACAGGUACCAGGCUCCGCCCUACGCCAUCGACCCCGUUGGCUCCACCGUCCCCCAGGCCGACUACGUCUGGCGCAUAAUUCUCAUGUUCGGGUCCCUGCCGGCGGCGCUGACCUACUACUGGCGGAUGAAGAUGCCGGAGACGGCGCGGUACACCGCCCUCGUGGCGCAGAACGCGAAGCUGGCGGCGUCGGACAUGUCCAAGGUCUUGCAGGUGGAGAUCGAGGAGGAGCAGUCGAAAGUGGAGCAAAUCGCCAACGCGCCGUCGAACGCCUUCGGCCUCUUCUCCAAGGAGUUCCUCCGCCGCCACGGCCUCCACUUGCUUGGCACCGCCACCACCUGGUUCCUCCUCGACAUCGCCUUCUACAGCCAGAACCUCUUCCAGAAGGACAUCUUCACCGCCAUCGGGUGGAUCCCCAAGGCCGCCACCAUGAACGCGCUCGAGGAGGUCUUCCGAAUCGCCCGGGCGCAGAGCAUCAUCGCGCUCUGCGGCACCGUGCCCGGCUACUGGUUUACCGUCGCGCUGAUCGACAUCAUCGGCCGGUUCACGAUCCAACUCCUUGGGUUCGCCAUGAUGACGAUCUUCAUGCUGGGCCUCGCCAUCCCGUACCACCACUGGACCACCAAGGGCCACCAGAUCGGCUUCGUCGUCAUGUACGCCUUCACCUUCUUCUUCGCCAACUUCGGGCCCAACAGCACCACGUUCAUCGUGCCAGCGGAGAUCUUCCCCGCGCGGCUCCGCUCGACCUGCCACGGUAUCUCUGCGGCCUCCGGGAAGCUCGGCGCCAUCGUCGGCUCUUUCGGGUUCCUCUACCUGGCGCAGAACCAGAACCCGGCCAAGGCCGACCACGGGUACCCUGCGGGCAUCGGAGUAAGGAACUCGCUCUUCCUCCUCGCCGGCUGCAACCUCUUGGGCUUACUCUUCACCUUCCUGGUUCCGGAGUCGAAGGGGAGAUCGCUGGAGGAGAUGUCCGGCGAGAACGAAGGUGACGAGCAGGCCGCGGGAGUAUUGAACAGGACCAUGCCUGUCUAAUUACUUGCACGCGUGCUGCCACCAUUAUCGUCCUUUGUUGCUCUACCGUUCUUUCUAUUAGAAUGUUAAGCCCUAAGCAUAUUACCUACUCCGAAACACCUGCUUAAAGGCCAUCAGAGGGGAUGCUCCAGGGCGAGUGAUCGCGUCGUUUUGUACUCGCUAUGAUGUCAAGGUGUUAAUGAAGAUUACGUUGUUUCUUUGUUCUCC